AUGCCAACGGCUGGAGAUGAUCAACCAGAUUUUCGUGAAGCGUUCAGUUUGUUUGAUGAUCGUGGUGAUAACAAAAUUCCCAAACAUCUCUUCGGUGAAGUUGUUCGCGCUCUCGGGUUGAAUCCAACCGAACAGCAAGUAAAAGGCACAAUACAGAAUUUCAAAGCUGAUCGGAUCUCAUUCGAAGAAUUCCUUCCUCUCUAUGAUUCUCUAGCGAAAAAGAAGGACACCAAUAUUACUGAAGAAGAUCUUAUUGAAGGUUUAAGAGUAUUCGAUAAGGAACAAAAUAACAGUAUUUCCUCAGCUGAACUUCGCCAUCUGUUGACAAGCCUUGGUGAACGUCUGUCAGACGAAGAGGUCGAACAAUUACUUUCCGGCUUCGAAGAUAAAAAUGGUCUUAUCAAUUAUGAAGAGUGGAUUCGUAAAUUACUUGGUCACUAA